AUGGCCGACGAUGAGAUUCAAGCAUUGGUAGCUGCGCAAAUCCGCCGCGAGAUGGAACAAGCGGAGCUGUCCACACGUCUUGAGAAGCGAUUAACAGACAAGACACAGACCACCCAAGACGUCGAAGACACGCGUGAAGCGGAAGAGGAGGAGAUAGCUGUUUCUGAUGCGAAGACGGAAGAGACCUGCAGUGCUGCUAGAUCGACGAAUUUGACACCAGUUGAAGAAAACGAGAGCGAUGACACUAAAGCAACCAGCCGGCUCUCAUCGCUUUGGAGCCGCGAGCAAACCUGCUCCAACACCUGUCCCUACACCUGUCCGCCAAACCACGCAGCCAUCCUCCGACAAGUAGCUCUGAACCUUUCCCGCACCAACAAGUACUUCAACGCGAUGGCAAGCGAACUGCUCGCAGCCAUCCAAGAGCUCUGGAUCCUAGACGGCGGCGGUUCCCUGGAGGCAGCCGCCGACUUGGUCAUCCAGGACGUGCUCAACCGAGGCCCGGCGUUCAACAAUCUCGAAAAGGUCGGCCACCAGACGGCUUGCGCGAUGUGGUUGCUGCAGUGCAUACGAGCUGGCAUCUACCAUCCGGCGAUGGAUCAAUGUGGUCAUGGGAGGGUGGUGGGGUUCAGUGCGUUAGAGCUUGGGGCUCUACCAUUCUCUGUCAGUGGUGCGCGCGUCUGA